AUGACAGCGCAUGUGGUCCCCAUGUUUGACCUUGGCUGGAACGUGCCAGUCUUCGCCGUCUACCCGGUUAUCCCAGUGCCGAUGGUUCAGAUUGCGGUUGGCAUGGCGCCGUUCCAGAUGGAGGAUGCGGGCUUGAUGAUGAGACAGGCAAUGGCAGAAAUGCCCGUCCAUUUCAAGCACUGUGCCGGCGAGGCAUUGCCGCGAUGGCGCAUCCUCUGCUACGGAGACAGCCUGACUGCAGGCUUCUUCGCGGGCGGAAUGAAAUUCGAGCCUUACGGCCGCACGAUGUCAGAGGUCCUCUCCGCAGGUGGCUAUCCAUGCGAGGUCUCGGUGUGUGGGCACAGUGGCUGCACCACCCGGGACAUGCUGGACGCUCGCCAGACGGAGCUGGCGGACGUUGUGGGCUGCAAAGGCAAUGGUCUUUCCAGAAUCUUGGACGCCAAGCCCUACGAUCUCGUGAUCAUCAUGUCCGGCACCAACGAUAUGGGUCGCGGGACCUGUUCCAGCACCAUUGUCGAGGACCUGAGCCAUCUGCAUGCAGUUUGCCACGACAGAGGUGUGCCGACAAUGGUGCUGGCGCCCCCGCCCGCGCCGGCGUAUGGGCAAAUGCAGGAAGUGCAGCGACAGUACCUCUGCCAACAGCUGCGCCACUUCGCCAGUUGCAGCACCUCCGUUUGUGCCUUCCUCGACCCGGCAGUUUUUUUCCUUCCUCCUGGGGGCAUCUUUCGCCCCUCGCCUGCGAACUCCGCAGCGGAGGACUUGGUUUCAACCGCCAAUGGGCAGCUCUGGGAGGGCGACGGCCUGCACUUGGCGCCCAACGGCUCCCAGGCCUUGGGCCUGGGCUUGGCGCCGCUCGUUGCGGCGCAACUCGGAGAGGAGCCCGGUGACUACUGA